CACGGCUAAGUUCCUCAAACAUUACAAAUCAGUCUGAUCAAAAGUAAGCUGUCAAAAACUUCCCUAUAGAACAAGUUUCUGCAGUGGAAGCCCAUAAAAGAAUCCACCGGCUGGAAUAUAAGGGCCAUUAUAUAUCGCCUGGAUGGAUUAAAAACAAGAAAGAGCACCCACACAAGGAGGCGGAGGCGGAGGAGAAUAUGACGACGGAGGAUUGUGAGUAUUUUACGGCGGAGGAAUAUUCCCGUCAUGUGAGAGAAUACUGGCGUGCAGUGGCGGAAUCGGAUGGUUUUGAUAUCGAGGAAAUUGAUAGUCCAGUAGUACUUACUGGACUGCUUUCCUACGACUGUCAAUCUGGUCAUCGUUAUCCUGAGCCUCUCUUGGUCAAUCGAUAUGCUUUGUUGGGGCUUCAUCUUUACAAUAUUUUGCAGGGGACAAGUUUCGAGCUCGCUACCUUACAAAAAUUCAACAAGACAAUGAACCUUACGUCUUCGUACUACAUUACUCUGCUUGCACAAGAUCCACCAUUGCAGAAAACCUUUCAGGUUCGAGUUGAUGAACGAGCAUAUCACAGUUUGGAUUUGACAGUCGCUAUUGCUAGACCUAAAAAAGAUCAAAAUGAAGCAGCAGUGUCCACCAAGGAGCCCUUCAUACCUCACUUUCAUGGUGGCGCAGUGGCGGAUGGUGUCUUCCAAGGUCCAUUGCCUGAUUGGCCCUCAGAUGGUGCUUUUCAUGAUGAUAGAAGCCGGUUUUACGCGCUAGAGAAAUCAGAGUGGCAAGCCACUGGUUGGAUUUCUCUAUAUUUGGAACUUUUGAUUUUAGCAAAUGAUAAAGGGAUGUUUGGUAUAGUGCAGACUGGUCUGCCCCAGGUUCAGAUUCUGAAAGUGGUGAUUCAAACUCAGGAAGAAGAUGAGAAGCCCCCGGAUGAGAGACUCAAUUCCAGAAGGGCACAUGUCUAUAUAACUUUUACGGGCUUGGCCAAGUCCCCACGUCUUGUUGAGAUUGGUGAGCAUGUUGCACGCAAAGCUAUCAUUAGAAGAGUUAUCGAUGAUUCAGGAUACUUGACUCUUCAGGGUAAGUUUUGGAGUCUCCAGAGUGGAGAAAAAGCCGAGAGUUCUCAAAAACGACCUCGCUCAAAAGGACCUCGCAUUUUCUAGGUGUUUAGCCAUGGCUGUGUCUGCGUAAUGACAAGAUCCAUUUGAAGAUGUUUUUCAUCACCUUGUCUUUCAAAUUCAGUAAACAUUUGACUUGUUAGAACAAAUAUUGUUAGUAGGUAGCAGAAUUCGGUAAAUGUUUUGCCUAUACGUCUAAUCUUCUAUAUAUCGAAUGAACUAGACUUUGAUUUU